UUGUCUCCUUGUAAGCGGCCAUGUUUGCACAGUUUGAUUAGUUCUUGCGGUAAAAUCUCAGGUUGGGGUGUGUUUGAUGUCCACUUUGGAACUGUAUUCGUUGCUUUCUUAACUGAAGUAUAAUGUAGUGUCACAAUAUGUUCUCACUGUACAUAAAUACCAAUUGACUAAAACAGGUUUGUUUUCGCAUUUGAGGAGAAAGACCUGCAUAGCGGAAUGUUUUCUAAAAAACCUCAUGGAGACGUCAAAAAAUCGACUCAGAAACUGCUGGACCCUAAGAAAGAUGUAUUGACUCGUUUGAAGCACCUUCGGAUCGUUAUAGAAAAUGCAGAAUCUGUAGACCUCAAGCAUUUCUUUGAUCAAAAUUAUUCACACAUAUACUACAUUUUCUUUGAAAAUUUUGUCGUAAUUGAAGUUGGUCUUAAACAGAAAGGUCAUAAAUCACAGAGAGAAGAACUGGAUGCUAUCCUCUUCAUCUUUGAGAAGAUACUGCAGCUUCUUCCAGAAAGAAUACAAUGCAGAUGGCAGUUUCACAGCAUAGGAUUAAUUUUAAAGAAACUCCUUCAUACUGGAAACUCCUUGAAGAUUCGUCGAGAAGGAGUCCGUCUUUUUCUGUUAUGGAUGCAAGCACUCCAGAAUAACUGCAGUAGGGAACAGCUGUGGAUGUUUGCCAGCAUCAUUCCUGGAUUCCCACCUCCACAUUCUGAAUUUGGACCUCGAACACUAGACAGUCUCAUUAACCCUCCUCUCAACCUACAAGAAACACAAGUUACUCCAGAAGAAAUAACUCCACUUGUACCCCCACAGUCUGGAGAUAAAGGACAAGAAGAUUUGUCUAGCUACUUUCUUGAAGCACUUUUAAAAUACAUGGUAAUCCAGGCAAAGAGUUUGGAGUGGAAGAACAAAGAAAACCAUGAAAAAGGAUUUGCGUUUUUAUUUAUGCUUUUCAAGAAGUACUAUCUGCCUCAUAUGUUUCCUAAUUUCAGCAAAGAAAUGAGUUUGUAUAUUCCUAUUCUUGAGGUCCCCCAGAUAAGGCGAAAGCCACACUAUGUUGUGUUAAAGCGAGAUCCAGAAACCAGUGAAGCAGUUUAUUGCACUAAGGAGCCUUUCUUAAAAGCUCGCGUUAUUUUUAUACGAUGGUUAGUGUCAUUUUGGCUGGAACCAAAGCCUAGCAUAGCACCUCAGAUUCCUGGUGUAGAAGGAGAAAAUGUACCAAAGAAUAUUCAGAGAGCAGCAGCUGGACUUGCUGCCAGGGAAGAAAAUAGAAAUGUUAAUGUUGAUGGAAAUACAGAGCCAGAACAAUCCCACUCCAACACAAGCACCUUGACAGAACGUGAACCAAGUUCAUCCAGCCUUUGCAGUGUGGAUGAGGAACACCUAACUGACAUUGAGAUUGCAAGGAAAGUCUUUUCAUCUUCAAAGAAGAAUGUUAACUUUAUUACAGAGAUUUUCCGUCAGGCUUUUCUUCUUCCAAUUUGUGAAGCAGCUACAAUGAGAAAAGUAGUAAGGGUUUAUCAGGAGUGGAUCCAGCAAGAUGACAAGCCUUUAUUUAUGUGUGAACCCGAAGACAUUGGGCUUUCUGCUUCAGCCGAUGGCAUGAUUGUUGACAGUGUGGUGGAUCAUAGUACCACUGAGGAGAACGUGGAAGGAACGGAAAAAAAGAUGCCUUUUCAUGCUCGAACUCCAAGCUGGACGCGAAAUGGCUCUUAUCAAGAUGCAAUUAACAAAAAAACAGAGCCUGAACUUUCUGAGACGGUUGUGUGUGUAGGCAUUCAGCCAGUAUUACAGGUUUUUAUAACCAACUCUUCAAAUGUAUUUUUUCUUGAGCCUGCUAAUGAAAACAAAAGCCUUUUAGAAGAACAUAUCGAUAUGUGUAAACGAAUAUUGAAUAUUUAUCGCUACGUGGUUGUGCAAGUUAACAUGGACAAGAAAACCUGGGAACAGAUGUUGCUUGUACUCCUUCGAGUCACAGAAUGUGUAAUGAAGGUUCCUCCUCAGUCUCAAGGAAGAAAAUGCAUCACUUUGGCAGGAAGACUUGCUGGGCCCCUUUUUCAGACUUUGAUUGUGGCCUGGAUUAAAGGAAAUCUGAAUGUUUAUAUUUCCCGGGAACUGUGGGAUGAAUUAUUGUCUGUGCUGUCAUCCUUGACUUGCUGGGAGGAGUUGGUCACUGAAUGGGCAUUAACCAUGGAGACACUAACCAAAGUGCUGGCCAGAAACUUGUACAAUCUGGACCUCAGUGACUUGCCACUGGACAAGUUAAGUGAGCAGAAACAGAAAAAGCACAAAGGCAAAGGAGGUGGUCAUGAUUUUCAGAAGUCAUCUGUUGAGAAGUCCUUUUCCAAAGGUUGGAGUCGUGAUCAGCCUGUACAAGCUUUAAUGCGGCAGAGAAGUGCUACAACCACUGGAUCACCAGGAACUGAGAAGGCACGAAGCUUAGUACGGCAGAAAACAAUAGCUCUGAGAAGCCGAUCCAUUGGUGAUUGUUUUCUGCCAUCGGCCUAUAUACGCAGCGCUAAAAGUGCUCCUGUUCUGCUUCAUUCUUCCAAACCUUACUUGCCUGAUAUUGUGCUCACUCCCCUUUCUGAUGAAUUGUCAGAAAUGGAAGAUUGCCAUGCAGUUCCUCGUCAGCAUCGAAUGAGACAUUAUUCGCAGAGUGAAGAGGCGCAGUCUGAAGUGUUUGCUGCUGCUGAGGACCACCCAUUACCACUGCCAAGAAGCAGCAGUGCUUCUGACAUCAUGGAACCAUUCAUAGCUGAACGUGCCAAAGGUGCAGAUCCUGUCCUUGACACUUCAUCAACUCAUGCCUCCAGCUUACAGAGUUGUACUGAGAUUUCUUCAUUGUCUAGGUCCACAGAAAGCCAUAUUACAAAUGCUGAUAGCCAAGGGUCCUCUUUGGAAGUUGGGGAUAGCAUCUAUGACCACCUCUGUUAUUUAGUAGGAGGACCACUGAAUCUUGAAGAUUCAGAAUUUGGCCAUUACCAGUAUGUGGAGUGUGAUGGUGAAGAUGACCUCCUUUCUUCUCUUAGAGAGUAUUUGAAGGAAAAAGAUAGUGGUCAUCACCGCAGAGAUGAGAUAAAUAGAGAAACAGUUACUUCAGAUGACAUGUUUUCCCUUACAUUGGCUCAUCAUUCUCCAAAGGAAGGCUUAGAAUCUGUAGAAAAAAGGUAUCCUUCCUCAGCUACCAGUUUUGGUGUGAGUGCUGAGGACAUGCUAGAUCUUUGUGUAAGUCAGAAUCACAGUGACAGCUUUGUUAAUACAGAAGCAUGCCAGUCAGAGAAACAUCCCAUUAGUUUAGAUAAUCUUGACUUAGAAAAUCAAAUACACCCUGAUGAAUAUCAGAGUCAAGGUUUAAGUGUAGAGGAUGAACCAAGUAACUGCACUAACAGGAUGAAGAUUCUGUGUAGACAGACUGCAAGUGAGACAGAGGGAGUGGAAGAAUCAGAAGUACUUAGUAAAUCAAAGGGCAGUGGCUCCCAUGAUGGGAAAUUAGCUAGUUUUUUGGGUUAUUCUCCAUAUACCUUUGCAACCAGAGCAUCUUGUAGUGAAGUUUCUGACAUUGCGAGUGCAAGUAAGUCUUCAUCUGGUAAAAGAGGCAUUAGUGAAUUAGCAGCUCAUAGAAACAGAGUUAUGAAAGUAACUAGGAAGAGAACUAGUGUCCAUGUGAGUUUUAGACCAUCAACAGAGUCUGUACAGUUUCAUAACCCUUUAGAAGCCAAGGAGCCUCCCUGGAAGGCAAGACUUCGAAAACUUGGUGGCUUAAGUGCUAGCAGCAAUAACUCAGCAACAUUGAUGGAGUUAGUGAAACCUGGAACAUAUAAGCCUUUAGGCAACAUCAGUUCAUCUGAUGGUACUAGUGAAAAGAACAAGGAGCCAAAAGGAAAUGUUACCCUGACAUCCCAGAUGCUGAAAGAAUGCUCUACAGUUAGCCAUUUGAGUGGUCAUAGUGUGCCUAGGUCAUCAGUUGAGGACCCUGGGCUGCAACCAGGUACACUGGGUGGUGUUUAUAAAACUGUUGUACAUGCUUUUUCGAAACCGAAGGCCACUGUUUCCCCACAGAGGCACAGCAGAGUGCCACCAGAGGCGCCAUUGAGGGAUCUAUGCAGUCAUGUAAUGGGCUAUUUUGGAAGGAGAGUUGCAGCCAAUAAAGAGGAUUCAAGCCAAAAACUGAAUCCUAUUAGCAGUGAUAUUGGCAGUUGCAAUCCCAGUGUUCCUGACAUUAUGGAUGAGUUUAUUGCUGAGCGACUUCGUAGCGGCAACACUAUAACUGGAACAAGACGAGGUAGCAGCCCUGGCAGCUUGGAAAUUCCAAAAGAUUUACCUGACCUUCUGAACAGGCAGAACCAUAUGCGUCCCGCUGAUGAUCCUGGUGUCCCCUCAGAGUGGACUUCACCUGUGAGUGCUAGCAGCAGUGACCUUAUUAGCUCUGAUAGUCAUUCAGACUCAUUCAGUGCAUUCCAAUAUGAUGGGCACAAAUUUGAAGGUUUUAGCUUUGGAACAGAUGCCAUAGCUAUGGGUGCAUCUGAAACAGAUGUUGCUUCAAAACAGCAAAUGUCAAUUGAUGAACCAGAGUUUAUUAGUUUGCAUAUUGAUUCGGAGAACAGCAGUCUAAGCCAGCAGCCGAUUUCUGCAGAUGCGAUUACCAUCACAGGUUCCGAAGGUGCUUCUCCUAUCCAUUCUACUGCAGGUUCCAGGUCCCAAACUCCUUCUCCAGCCACACUAAAUGCUGAUAAUACUGAGCACAAGGAUCUGCAUCUGGAUGAAAAGCUGCAUCAUUCAGUUUUACAGACACCAGAUGAUCUAGAAACCAGUGAAUUCCCAACAGAAGAUUGUAGUGUAAUGGCAGGAGGUAGUCUGACUGGAUGGCAUGCAGAUGUGGCAACAGUAAUGUGGAGAAGAAUGCUGGGAAUUUUAGGCGAUGUCAACUUCAUAAAAGAUCCUGAAAUCCAUGCUCAGGUUUUUGAUUAUCUUUGCGAGCUGUGGCAGAAUUUAGCCAAGAUCAGAGAUAACCUUGGAAUAUCCAUUGAUAAUCAGAAUUCACCUUCCCCACCAAUACUUAUUCCUCCUUUAAGAAUUCUGACACCAUGGCUUUUCAAGGCUACUAUGCUGGGAGACAAAUACAAGCAAGGCAAGCUGCAUGCCUACAAGUUGAUUUGCAAGAUCAUGAAGAGAAGGCAAGAUGUGUCACCAAAUUCAGACUUUCUGACUCACUUCUACAACAUUAUGCACUAUGGCCUACUAAAUACUGAUCAGGAUAUUGUCAACACAAUUAUCAAACACUGUUCUCCACGCUUCUUUUCACUUGGUUUGCCUGGUGCUACCAUGCUUACUUUGGAUUUCUUGGUUGCUGCUGGCAAAGUGACUUCCUCUUCAUCCCUGAAUGCACCAAGAGUAGAAGCACAAAUCCUGUUGGGUGCACUGGUCUGUUUUCCAAAUUUGUAUCUUGAAUUGCCUGCCCUCCACCCUGCCACUGGUGAUGCUGUUGUGAUGCCAGUCAAGGAUUUAAAGGAGCGUAUAAUAAAAAAUAUACUCAGCUCUGCGAGAGAAGAACCAUCUGGGCCUGCACGGUGUGUUGCAUUGUGCAGUCUUGGUAUUUGGCUGUGUGAAGAACUUGUUCAUGGAACCCAGCAUGCACAGAUUAAAGAAGCACUUAAUGUAGUAUGUUCAACGUUAAAGUUUCCAAAUAAAACAGUUGCACAUGUGGCUUGUGAUGUAUUGCACAUGUUAAUUAAUUAUGAAGACCAGCUACAAAAGUUUCCACCUCAUUUUCCCUUAAAAAUUAUUGAGAUAUUAAUAGCUACCGUCACUCAUCUUCUUCCCAGUGCAGAAAAGUCCCCGUAUGAGCAAGAUAAAAGAUUGGUGGUAUCCUUACUACUGUGCCUUUUGGACUGGACUAUGGCAAUGCCUUUAAAGAUAUUGUUGCAACCAAUACAUCCUACAGGAUCGGAGAAAGACAAAACUGAAAAAUCUACUUUGAAUUGUAUUUACAAGGUGCUUCAUGGCUGUGUAUAUGGCUCUCAGUGCUUUUCCAACCCCAAGUACUUUCCCUUAAGUAUGUCUGACUUGGCAUCUGUAGACUAUGAUCCAUUUUUGCAGUUAGAGAGUUUGAAGGAACCUGAGCCCUUGCAUUCCCCAGAUUCUGAACGUUCAUCUAAACUGCAGUCAGUGUCAGAAGUGAAGCCUCGUAUGCAGAAGGGUUUAAUCUCAAUUGCUGCUCGCACAGUAAUAACUCACUUGGUAAACCACUUAUUCCAUUAUCCAAUGAAUGGUGACCCAGCAAUGUUGACCAGCCUGAUUUGUGAGAACCAUGACAAUCCUUACACAGAAAGUACUGAACUCUCUCCUGAACUUUUUGAAAGUCCCAAUCUUCAAUUCUUUGUGCUAAACAACAGUACCUUGGUGUCAUGCUUGCAAAUCUGUGCAGAGGACAAUGUCCCUGGUGGAGGCAUGUCUGCUGGACUAGCAUCAACCAGUUUCAGUGUAAGAGUAAUAGUGCGAGACAUUUCGGGCAAAUAUGCAUGGGAUUCUGCAAUUCUUUAUGGACCACCUUACUGUGAAUAUCCAAGGACUCUGACAUUUGUACUUCCAGCUGUCUAUCAGGAGGAAAAACGAGACAUCCCUCCUGCUAGAGGAACUGAAUGUGAUGGCACCUUAACAGAUUGCAUGGCACCACAAGCUAAGAGAAGAUGUAGGGAAGUGGUGCCAACUUGGGAUGUAAUUCAUGAUGAUGAAGAUGCUCUUGAUGAAUUGUUACAGUUUUUGGGCACCUCCAGUCCAGAGUGUCUGCAGAAAGCAGGUGUCCCAUUAAAUCUUCCUGCCCCUCCCCCCGUUUGCAUUUCAGAAAAGCAGGAGAAUGAUGUUAUAAAUGCAAUCUUGAAACAAAAUGCAGAAGAGAAGGAAUUUGUGGAGAAACAUUUCUCCGAUGUUCAUAUGAGAGCUGUGUCACAGGAGGAGCCAUUGCCACAAAAUCCUCAGUCAGCUUUCUACUAUGGAAGAUUGUUCCUAAACAUACUGGGAAUGAAUUCUUGGGAUAAAAGGAGCAGUUUUCAUUUACUGAAGAAAAAUGAGAAGCUGCUUAGAGAACUUAAAAACUUGGACUCCAGGCAGUGCCGAGAAACACACAAGAUUGCAGUAUUUUAUGUUGCUGAAGGUCAAGAAGAUAAGCACUCUAUUCUUACAAAUACAGGUGGAAGUCAAGCUUAUGAGGAUUUUGUUGCUGGUCUAGGUUGGGAGGUGAAUCUCACAAACCACUGUGGCUUCAUGGGAGGAUUACCAAGAAAUAAAAGCAUUGGUUUAACCACUCCAUACUUUGCUACCUCAACAGCUGAAGUUAUGUUUCAUGUGUCAACACGUAUGCCAUCUGAUUCAGAUGACUCCAUAACUAAAAAGUUAAGACACUUGGGUAAUGAUGAAGUCCAUAUUGUCUGGUCAGAACAUAGUCGAGACUACAGGAGGGGAAUUAUUCCUACAGAAUUUGGUGACGUUCUCAUCAUCAUCUAUCCCAUGAAAAAUCACAUGUACAGUAUUCAGAUAAUGAAAAAACCCGAGGUUCAGUUUUUUGGACCACUAUUUGAUGGUGCUAUCGUAGACGGAAAAAUCCUUCCCAUUGUUGUAAGGGCUACAGCAAUAAAUGCCAGCCGUGCUCUGAAAUCACUAAUUCCGCUAUACCAAAACUUCUAUGAAGAAAGGGCACGUUACCUAGAAACAAUUAUUCAGCAUCAUCUAGAACCUACAACAUUUGAAGAUUUUGCUGCUCAGGUGUUCUGUCCAGCUCCUUCACAGUAUUUACCAACUGAAGCAGGAUCUUGCCUAGAAACUCAGCAGGCUGAAAAUCCAGCAGCACAGGUGGAUGGCACUGAUUUAGCCUCACCAAUGUCUCCUCGUGCUAGUAAAAGUCGAAUGUCAAUGAAAUUACGUCGCUCUUCCGGGUCUGCUAAUAAGACAUGACUCCAAAAUCACAGCAUAAUGUUAAGUAGCAGUAUGCCAAGUAAAAGAGUAACAUGCGUUCCAUCUAGUUCUGUUUUUUUAAUUUAAUUUUUUGUUUAUUUUGCUUU